ACUUAGGCCAUUCCAACCCCAUCCAUCCACCGAUUCCACCCACGCUCACGAUUCUCCUUUUUCUCUCACCUCCUGCUUCCUCGUCGUCAUCCUUUUCAAUUACCACAAAUUAAAAUUUUUUUCCUAGGGUUUCACAGAGCACCCGAUCGACAUGGAUUGGGGGAACGUAACAGCGGAAGAUCUGAUCGACGCUCUCCGAGAAGUUGACUGGUCAACACCCCCGCGCCCCCUCUCUGAAUUCUUCUCUAGAUUCACCCUUCCCAGAUCUUACUCCAAAUGGAGCAGUCGCCUCAAAUGUAAUUUCUACUACUAUAGGACGAACUACUUCAUUAUGAUCGUCUUCAUCCUUGGGAUGGGGUUCUUGAGGAGGCCAAUUGCUAUUGUUGCUGCUUUCUUAACAGCGCUAAGCAUUGCUUUUCUGAAUGAUAGCUUUGCAGGCACUUUUAGUGAAAAGGUGACAAGAACUGUCAGGCAAUUCUCUCCACAUUUAGCUGCAAAGAUGAGACCUCCUCUCACGCCUGUUAUUCGUGGGCGCCCAUCAGCUAAAAGAUCAAUUCUUAUAUGUGGACGGCCACGUUGGGUGUUUGUCUUAAUAUUCUCUUCUGUGAGCUUCAUCCUUUGGUUUGUUUCUUGUAGUAUCUUAACUGUUCUAUGGGCAUUGGCCAUUGGUCUUCUUGCCACUAUCCUCCAUGCAAGCUUUAGAACACCGAACUUGAAAGCACGUUUAAACACAUUCCGUGAGGAAUUUCGUGCAGUUUGGCGCAAUUAUAGCGAAUUGUAAUUCCUUGGAGUUUGUAGAAUGUUAUCUCCUGUUGAUUGUGAAGCUAAUACAGAUUGUUCUUCUGAAUUUGGGCUUUAGCUGCUGCUGCUGCACUAAAAUAAUUUGCUAUAGCUCGACUGUGGAAUUCUCUGGAGGUGGUCAAUGAUAUAUGCAUAUUCACUAACGGGUUGUAAAUUGUCUUGAACACUUGCUGCUGUAAAGCAAACCGUUUCUUUAUCAUCCAUAUGCAGGAGAAACGUUUGAAGAUUUUAAUAUGCCUUAAGCUUUCAUUCUUAAAAUUCUUGUGCCCUAUCUAGACACCUUGUCUAGGUGACUGGAACUUCUGUAGUACUCUUUAAAGAAGUUAGUAGUUUAGUUGUAUGAGUUCUAUAGUGGGAAACCUUGUUCUUUAUUUUUAUGGAUGGAUCUCCAAUGUUAAUUUCAAUAUGAGCAGGAAAACAUUGUUCUUUUA